AAUUUUCGCGAUAGUAGAUAACGUAUGUGGAGUGGUCAUUGCUUAAUAGUGAUGGUUCUUGCCGCGAAAGGGUGUGGACAUCGUGUGAAAUGUGAUCUGAAAUGUGUUUCAAACUAAAAAUGAGGCGAUUUAACUGGAUUAGCCGAUUGGUACCAAGAAGAAACAGCCCGUAUGCGUUGUUUCUUCUGUUUGUUAUAUGCGUGCCACUUAUGUGGUGCUGGCUUAUGAUCGACACAGUCUCCAGCCUGUUACUGACCACCGUGGCCGAAGAAGACUUGUACCAUUUACAAAGGAAUAGAAAUUUAAAGGAGUACAUCGAUAAUAUUCCGGUGCUAAUUGAACCGUCCAAAGCCCCAUGUGGAGACAUUUUAGUUUUAGUGACGUCAUCACCAGGCCGAUUUGAAGCGCGGGAAGCAAUUAGAAGCACUUGGGGCAAACAUUUAGUGACGCUCUUUGUGUUAGGCCUUGAUGGAUAUACUGAAGAUGAUGUAAUGGUAGACAACUAUUUAGAAGCGAAACUGCACAGUGACAUCAUAAUAUACAAUUUCAAAGACCACUACCAGAACCUCACCAUAAAAACGGGUCUCAUGCUGGAAUGGACCAUUAGUAGAUGCCCCUCAUCCAAGUUCCUGUUCAAGACUGAUGAUGAUGUCCUGGUUAAUCCAUGGAAGUUGAGACAAAUAGUUGAGGAGAAUGCUGAGAAUGUGCUAAUAGGAUACCGGAAGUCAAAUACCUAUCUUCAUAGGGAUACACACAGUAAAUGGCACAUUCCGCGCUGGCUGCUUCAAGAUGACUUUGUGCCCCAUUAUUUAUCUGGCACGGGCUAUUUAAUAAACGUUAAAUAUAUAAAGCUAAUGCUACACGCCGCCUACUCAGUGCCAAUGAUUAACUUAGAAGAUGUUUAUUUUACAUAUUUAGUUGCUAACAAAACACUAGGUUUUACAUUAACACACGAUCGUAAAUUAAGCCCCUAUAAACCCUGGUUACCGAUCGACUGUUUUUAUUGGGGGCUGGCCUCCAUACACAGUCUCGUCCCUAGUGAUAUAGUUAAAUGGGGAUCGUGUGUGAUAAAAAUGGGUGGCGAUUACCAAUACGAUGUAUGUAAAUCGUACGAGAAUUAUAGCGAAUGGUGGCUAUUCUAAUUUUCGUUUUGUGAAUCCAUAUAAUUGCUUUUGAGGGUGGCCCUACACAAGAAUUCAUACAAAACUGUUGGGAAGAAUUUCAAUAUUUUCGCUAGUGUUUAGAUUUUUACAAAUAAAAUUUGUGAAAAAGAUGUAAUGAUUUUUAUAAACAAAUGGGAGUGACACACAAGCUUUUAUACAGAAGUUGUAGAUACAAAACUAUUGCAUAGAACUUCAAUAUUUUCGCUACUAUUUAAAGUCUUCACAAAUUGAUAAAAAUUACUAUAUACUAACUUUUAUAAAAGAGUUGUCGUUACAAAACUAGAGUUUAAAGUCUUCAAACAAAUAAAAGAAUUACAUAGACCUAAUGAUUUUUAUAUACAAAUGGGGGCCAAAAUGACAUUAAUAGACAAUAGACUAAUAGAAUCUAUUUAUUGUUCCAAGGGAUUAUACUUUUAUGUGUGCCAAAUAUGUAAAAAUCGCAAAGUUUUUAAGUAACAGGGUUUAGAAUUUAUAUUUUGUUUAUUUGUAAUUUUUUCUAAGAAAGACAUUUCGUUAGUACUAGGUAUUUUAUAAGUCUUAAGUAUUUUUGUGCCAUACUGUGAACAAUGUUGACAGCUUCAUACGUUAACACUUAAGUUAACAUAUGUUAUUGUAAUACUAUAUUUUAGUUGAUUUUCAAUAAAUAUUUUUGUUAAUU